GCCUCCAGCCCAGAAGGGCCGCCGCGUGCUCGUGGCGACACCCGCUGCGGCUCCCGUUCCCGUGCACGGCCGCGCUGCUGUGGGGCCUCUUCGUGGCCGCCUGCAGCAAGGCCCCUCGCGCCGCCGCCGCCCCCUCCCUGGCUGGCGCCGCCUCCGCGCGCGGGGCCGCCGAGGCCCCCGCGGUGGUGAUCUCGAGCUGGGUCGUGAUCUCGGUGUACAGCAGAGGCGCGGAGCCCCUCGACAAGAGCGUCCUGCCCGCGCUGACCGCGGGCGUGCGGGGCGCCCUGGCGGACGUCCUGGAGGUCUGCCGCCCCGCGGUCAGCGUGCACAGCAUGCGGUCCAGCGCGUUCGGCGGCGGCGCCAGCGACGUGUCCCUGCUGGCCGCCGGCCAGCGCUGGCCUCGGCGCGCGGCGUCGCUCGCCGACCGCGCGGAGAAGAUCGUGCGCCGGGCGUACGUCCACGAGGCCAUGCACCCCACGACGAGGUUCUCGCAGGUCGAGGUCACGUACGAGGUGCGGAUCGACGACUCGAUCGGCGCGAGCGACGCCGAGGUCGCGCACCGCAUCGACAGCCUGCAGCUGUACAGCAAGUUUGCGGACCUCAACCUGCUGCUGCUCCGCUGGCUGGACGGAACUCCUGCGCCGCAGGGGAUUCUGGAGCUCGGUCUCAGCGACCUGGGCUACGCCAGCAGGCGCAAAGAGGUGCGCCAGGUCUUCUCGGCGGAGCAGACCGCCUCCUGCAUGGAGGAGGGGAUGCUCCGCCGCGCCAAGCAGAACCACCAGUACGUGAUCGUCUCGGCCCUCGCGAUGUCGGUGCUGAUUGCCUGCGUGGGCUCGCUGGUCUUCGCGGUCAAGGUCCCCUCGCACAUUCCGAGCAUGAUGAACCCGCUCUCGCCCCCACCAGACCAGUGA